AUGUCAUCAUUCUCAAACCCCCACGAUCGCUCCGAACUCACGGGCACAAACCGACUUCCGCCAGUACAAGAGACCCGCGGUGCAACAGUCACCAAAACAUCAACCCGGGAGCGCACCGUCAUCUCCACAUUUACAAGCUUUGCCGCGCUCCCCCAACCAACAGAUGCCUCCGAAGGCGAUUUCCAGCCGCCACCGGUCCAGCCCAUCACGACGGUGUCUCUAACACCGCCGCCAACGGCUACGGCUACGGAGGUUGUAGUGGUAGUCUCUGUCCCCCCAGUUGAGCCGACACAAGCGACGACCAGUAUCUUCAUGAGACCGGCGGGUACUACGUUCUCCAUGCCAAGUACCCUGAGAGUAAGUACCUCGACUAGCAACACGCGGACUUCCUCUUAUUCGAUCCCGAAAGCAUCAAGUACAGAUAUUGGGCUCCAAGUCGUCUCUACAACACCCAGCCCCAGCCCCGCAGGCAAGGGUGGUGGGGGAACCACGCUCUCCCCCGCCCUCAUCGCCGGCAUCAGCGCCGGCGCUGCGGUGGCCAUCGUUGCCGCAAUCCUUACCGCUCUGUUCUUCCACCUGCGUCGGCGAAAUAAGUAUGCGGUGGACAAAAAAACAAUGCUAAAACGGGAGAUCGGAAGGCCGGUUCCUAUAUCUACUUCCAAUGAGGGAGGAGGGUCUGCGGAUGCUUUCUUCAGGGCAGGCGGCGAGAAGCCAAUGCUGUCGCCACAUGAGAGCGAGGCAAUGCUCUUGCCGCGUAACACCAGCCCCACGACACAGUCAUCGGGAUACGGGUAUGGACGUCCUACUUCAUACACAGCUGCUGCUGACAAUAACGCUGCCAUCUCCUCCGCACCCCAGACGCCGAUAACCCCUGGCGCCCCAUCCCCAACCUCUGCUGCCGGCCGUGGCUACUACGGCACCAUCCCCGUCAUCGUGGAGCCACCCGCCCGCGCAGUGCCAAAACGGCCUGCGCGGCCCGCAUCCUCCUUCUACCCCACUAACAGUGAUGAACUAGAACCAUACGCCGCCCAGCGCCUAGAGAAUCCCUUCACUAACAUCUUCGCCCCCUCUGCCUAUGCCGACGCUGGGAACCCAUAUGCCGUGAGGUCGGUGACUCAGAGGACUCUGAACGUCCCCAAGAGUAGUCAUGUGAGUGACCGCGAACCGAGUGUGUUGUCGGGGGCAGGAGGAGGCGCACUUGAAAUGCCAGAUUCUGCGAGUUACUACUCGGUGGGCUAUACGAACGAGUAUCUCAAGGGUGGCGUGCGCGGGUCGAGGAUGACGACUCUGAGUGAGGAUGAGCCGAAUGGGGCGCUAAUGGGGUCGAUCUUGGAGCAGUGUGAGUCUAGCCCCCGCCCGCAUCCGCGCCUAGGAGAGGAGGCAGAAGAGCGAUGGUAUGGCGCGGGGGCAAGUGGUGGUGGGAGGAACUUGAUAGGGAGGGGGGGUGGGGGUAGGUGA